AUGCAGUCUCUCUUCAGUCAGCCAGAAAGGACCAACACCCGGCAGAGAAACACGACAUCCUCGCUUCCACAUCAGGUGUAUCAAUUUGAAUUUGCAGACGUACGGUCUAACCCCCCCAUGGCGGGCCUGGCAGCUCUGUGUCUGCUGCUGGUGUUUCCACUGAGCCACUCCCAGAACACCCUGCAGUCGCAGCAGGAGGUCGACUCCCAUCAGGGAGCGCCUCCUUCUCCUCCUCAGCGAUACAUAAUGAACCUGCUCAGGAAAGAGGAAGCUACUCAUUUAAACGCAAAGCAGACAUAUGUCCAGGUAGAACAAGACAAUGCCAAAGUGGGUCUGUUCGUCGCUGCAGCCGUAGGAACCUUCGCUCUGAUGGCUGCUGUGUACUGUAUCUACAACAAGUUCUACUCCAAACACCAGUACCUGCACACCCAGCUCAACGAUGACUCAGAUUUCAGCACAGACCCCAUGGACACUCCCCCCGUGUGUUUCCACGCCUCCGCCGGCUCCAGUGCGGUAGACGUGCAGAGAGCUGGUUACGGCUCGCUCUCAGACACUCCAUCCAUCAUCUCUGUGCCACCCAGCCUGUCCCCCCCUCCCUCUGCCAUGCCCUUCCCUCCCCUCUUCCUCCCCUCUCACUCUCUGAGAACUAUAUCAGCCAAGGACCUGGAGAAGAGCUGUGCCUAAUGUAAAAAAUUAGAAACUAAGCUAGUGAAACUUUUUCUAAUAAGAAAAGAGAAGUAGUUGUUUAGAAAUUUGUAUCACAAUAACUAAACACAUCAGAUCAAUUUGAAGUUUACAUGCUAAUGGCUUUGCACAUACAUCCCUAGACAAGAAGUUACAUGUAAACUGUAGUCACCUCCUGACCGGCUGCCCUUUCACUCAUAACCACCCUCAAAUCUGCUCGUACAUUUACACAGCUAAACUACAUUAUUCUUGCGACCUAUCUGACACCACCCAUCCUUUGUCCUACCGGAACAAAUAAACUGUCCAGAGAGGAAA